GUUGAUUGGGUGACGCGGAUUUGCGAUUUUUGAUUGACAGCACGCUGAAGUGAUAGAGCCAUCGCCGCGCCAGCGACAGCAAUCUCCAUUUUCUUCCCUAACCAAAUAAAAAAAAUAAAAAAUCCGCAAAUCGAACGUCCCAUUCUUUUCAGCUGUUCCUCCUGCCAACCAACACUUUACCUUUCGAGACGCUUUUUCUUUUCGCGUUUUCGUCUUCCAUAUUAAUUAAUUUAAUUACUCCUUUUUUCUUUUUUACCCAAGUAAACAUGGGUGAAUCACGACAGGAGCUGGUGGCAUGGCUGAACAGCCUUCUCCAGCUAAACAUCACCAAAGUUGAGCAAUGUGGUACUGGUGCUGCUCUCUGCCAGGUAUUCGACAGCAUCUUCCUCGAUGUCCCCAUGUCGCGUGUCAAGUUUAAUGUCACCAGCGAGUACGCCUACAUCCAGAACUUUAAGGUCUUGCAAAACACAUUCGCCAAGCACAAUGUCGACAAGCCCAUCCCGGUCGAAGCUCUUACCAAAUGCAAGAUGCAGGACAACCUUGAGUUCCUACAAUGGACCAAGCGGUUCUGGGAUCAAUAUUACCCUGGUGGAGACUACGAUGCUGUCGGACGAAGAAAAGGUAAUGCUCUCCCGCCUUCCGGUGGCGCGGCUGCGCGAGCCACUGGGGGCGCCGGAUCAGCCGCUGCACGAAGAGGUGGCACAACUCCCACAACUGGACCUCGCGUAUCCAAGGCUGGUGGCGGCGGUGCGGCUUCAGCUGCCCUGAUCCAAGAAAAUGCGACGUUGAAGGAGACGGUUGUAGGCCUUGAGCGCGAACGCGACUUCUAUUUCAGCAAGUUACGAGACAUAGAACUCUUGAUUCAACAGGCCGUCGACGAGGAUCCCGAGAUCGAGAAGCAGGAAGACGGACUCAUCAAGCAGAUCCAGACGAUACUUUACUCUACCGAGGAAGGCUUCGAGAUUCCCGCAGAAGGCGAGGCACUGGACGACCAGGAGACGUUCUAAAGCCUACUAAGUGACAAGACAAGAAUAAAGCGAUGAAUAGCCAUCGGGUCGAAGGUCGGUAGAUAGUCAUGGAUUAAUAUUGGAGCGGCUGGUAUGGUGAGCCGAGAAGAACAAAGGGGUGCGUGCGGAUGCUAAAGAAGAGAUGCAUCUAGAAGGGUGUAAUUAAAAAAAGCCCUCGACUCUUGUUCGGUUUGCAUCAUCACAAGAAUGGAAUCCCAGAUUCCUAACAGUACUAGGAGACAUUGUCUGCUCUAGACUAAUAUACCCGCACAGCCCGAGGGUGUGAUGCCUAGAGAUUUUGAUGAUAGAUAUCAAGACAGACUUCUUUUUCUUUUUCUAACGGGGAGGUAUGUGUUCACGUAUUUAUUCACCUAAUAACUCUACUUG